CUCUCUCUCUCUCUCUCUCUCUCUCUCUCUCUCACUCUGAGUCUUUACAUGUCCCCAUCCACUCUGGAGCAGCAUCACACCGGACCUGUUGGAGCUGAGAAGUGGGGUUGUUCAGGGUUCUGAUUUCGGGUUAAGAGCACAAAGUUGGCCGGGAUAAGGAACCAGGACGGAUGAUGCGUGUUGCGCCGCGCCUCCUCCAUGAAAGAAGAGUCUCUCAGCAGCUGAGAUGGGCGCCCUUCCUGGACUCUCACCUUCGUACCGGCCGCGGGGAGACCGCCGCUGCCGCGCCGCGCUGCUGCUACCUGUAGUGGCGGCCGCGCUUCAGCUUUGUGCCGCUUUUAACCUGGACGCGGAGGGACGCUCCGUUUUCACGGGAAAGCGGGGGAGUUAUUUCGGAUAUUCCGUGGAAUUCUUCGGGAACUCAUCCAGUAUCAGUGUCCUUAUUGGAGCUCCAAAAGCCAACACCAGUCAGCCGAACGUCACCGAGGGAGGAGCUGUGUACCAUUGUUCCUGGAGCCAGAACAACUGCAGCGUUAUCAACUUUGACCAGCAAGGUGACCGCCAUUUUUACAUAAAUGGUGUGAACACUCAAGUUGAAUUCAAGUCCCAUCAGUGGUUUGGCGCUAUUGUGCGUUCCCAUGGUAACAGCAUCUUGGCCUGUGCUCCCAGGUAUUACUGGAGGACAGAACACGACACGCCGUUCUCUGACAUCACAGGAACCUGCUACCUCUCUGUUGACGCUCUCAAAACCUUUGUGGAGUUCGCCCCGUGCAGAACAGAAAGACACGGCCCUGCUGGACAGGGUUACUGUCAGGGAGGAUUCAGUGCUGACUUUACCAAGGAUGGAAGGGUUGUUCUUGGAGGGCCUGGCAGCUUUUACUGGCAAGGUCAGCUGAUUUCAGCCACUACAGAGGAGAUCGUUAAGGCCUACUACCCCUCCUACUUCCUGCUGUCGGUCGCUGGACAGAUUCAGACCCGGCAGGUCCAGGGGAGCUACGACGACAGCUACCUGGGUUACUCUGUGACCAGCGGCGAGUUCAGUGGGGACGCUGAGGAAGAUUUCAUCGCAGGAGUUCCAAAAGGACUCAUGCUGUAUGGUUUAGUGUCCGUUUUAAGUGGGAAGGACCUGAAGUCUGUGCUGAACCUGACGGGUGAACAGAUGGGGUCUUACUUCGGCUACGCAGUGGCGGCUACUGACAUCAACAACGACGGAUUGGAUGAUCUGGUUGUUGGAGCGCCGACAUUCAUGCACCCGGGGUUCAACGGGCGUCUGGAGGAGCUGGGGAAAGUGUACGUUUACCUCCAGAGGGGCCCGCUGCGUCUGGAGCCGGCUCAGACCCAUCUGCUGGGCUCACAGGUCUUCGGUCGGUUUGGCACCUCUCUGGCUCCUCUGGGUGACCUCAACCAGGAUGGCUUCAACGACAUGGCCGUCGGCUGUCCGUACGGCGGAGACCAGCAGCAGGGCGUGGUCUUCAUCCAUAACGGUCACGCUGGAGGACUGAAGGACACGCCCACUCAGGUUCUUUCUGGCCAAUGGGCUUCCAGCUCUUUCCCUGCCAGCUUCGGCUUUGCUCUGCGAGGCGACAUGGACAUCGAUCAGAACGGCUACCCAGAUCUGAUUGUUGGUGCUUUCGGCCUUGAUAAGGCCGUCCUGUACAGAGCGCGGCCGAUAGUGAGAGCCGGUGCUUCUCUCACCGUGCAGCCGGCCAUGUUCAGCCCGGAGGAGAAGACCUGUUCGCUCAUCACAGAAGAGAGAAACGUCUCCGUUUCCUGUGUGAGCACCAGGUUCUGUCUGGAGGCCUAUGGGAAGCACCUCCCCUCUCAUUUAGGCUUCCUGGUGGAAGUGCAGCUAGACAGAGCAAAGCAGAACCAGAAGGAGUCUGUGAGGAGGGCGCUGUUCCUGGAGAGCCAGCAGCCCACCCUGCUGAGGACCCUAAACCUCACAAAUGGUCAAGGGUUCUGCCAUGAAAUCAAAAUCUACCUGCGGGCCGAGGACGAGUUUCGGGAUAAACUCUCUCCCAUCGACAUCAGCCUGAACUUCAGUCUGGAUGGUCGGGUGGCGGCGGAUCAACACGGCCUCAGUCCCAUCCUCGACUACCAGACAGAGCAACGUGUAGAGCAGAAGGCCCAGAUUCAGCUGGACUGCGGAGAGGACAACAUUUGUGUCCCUGACCUCAAACUGGCUGUUAUUGGUGACAAAUCAGAGGUCUACCUGGGCGACGAAAACGCCUUGAGCUUGAUCUUUAAUGCCAGGAACGAGGGAGAGGGAGGGGCUUAUGAGGCGGAGCUGUACGUGGUGCUGCCUCCAGAGGCCGACUACAGCGGGAUCGCACGCAACAACGGGAGUCUGACUCAGCUGACCUGCAGCUACGAGGCCGAUAACCAGACCCGCCAUCUUGUGUGCGAUCUGGGAAACCCCAUGAAAUCUGGCAGCAGCUUAUGGGCCGGCCUUCGAUUCACUGUGCCGAGACUGACAGACGCUAACGAUGUUGUCCAGUUUCAGCUCCAAAUACGAAGUAAAAACUUCAAUAACUCUGACAGUAACGAGGUUCUGCUGGAGGUGCAGGUUGCUGCCAAGGCUGAGGUGAUCCUGCAGGGUGUUUCUCGGCCAGACAAAGUCAUCUUCCCUCCUCCCAGCUGGAGCGCCCGUCAGAGCCUGGGGGCGGAGCAGGACGUUGGCCCCGAGCUGCAGCAGGUUUAUGAGUUGGUGAACAACGGCCCCAGUGUAGUGAGCCGCACGACGUUAGAGGUGAGAUGUCCCCUGAGGGCCCAGGGCCACGCUCUGCUCUACCCUGUGGAGGUGAUCACUGUGGGCCCACUCAGCUGCUCCUCCAAAACAACCUUCAAUGCACUGAAACUCAAGGUUAGGACACACACAUCUGCACAUUGCAUGUUAAUGUUUCUAUAUGGAGGUUUCGAGUUUGGGCACAACACCGGAGGGCAAAAUGACGGACCUGCUGAAACUGGGAGAUGUAGGUAAUAAUUUAGUGCAGUGCGCCACAAUAUAAUGAAAAAAAAA